AUGCUGAACCGAGCGAUUCGCAUUCCUGCCGCAGGCCUUCGAGGUGCUCGGAGCUUCAGUGCGUCUGCACGCACAGCCAAGGUGUACGAGAAUGUGGAUGCGGCCACGUUCAACGCGCGUGUGCUGAAACCCUCCGGUGCAGAGGCAGAGGUGCCCGUGCUCGUCGACUUUUUUGCGACUUGGUGCCAGCCCUGCAAACUCCUCUCCCCAGCCCUCAAGAAAGUAGCUACUCAGAAAGAGCUCGCGGGCAAGCAAGUUGAUCUGGUAACCAUCGAUGUCGACCAACACCAAGAUAUCGCCCAACAGUUCAAAGUCUCGGCUAUGCCUACCGUCAUUGCAAUGAAGAACGGUAAAGUGCUCGACGGAUUCGUGGGCAUGCUGCCCGAGAAGAAAGUCAUCGAGUUCGUCCAGAAGCUCAACUAG